AUGAAGCCUGAACAAUUAAUCAAGGAACUUCAGUGGUGUGGGGUCAAUGUGUUCCCAUCGAAAGAUGCUUCAAAGUAUGUUUCCAUCCAAAUCAAGAGUUCUGUACUUGAAGACCAUGUGUACCAACAGAUUUCACUGGUUGCAUCAGCUAUGGGCUUUUCAUGGUCUCGUUGGAACGGGGAGGCUGAAAGGGAUGAUAUUAUUUUGCAAGCCACAGAGUGUUUAGUAGAUGAACCUUUACAGGAGAAUCUGCUGACGUAUCAGGUUAAUAAGACGCAUGUUACAAGAAUAAAAUUAUCAGAAUUUGAUGAAGAUUUUAGCCUGGAACCAGUCGAUUCGACAGCCUAUUUCUCCAAUUUUUACCAUUUAAUGAAAAAAACUGGAUCAGAGGAAGCAAGGCUUCGGAUUGAAAAUACAAAUGCAGAAUUCAGGGACUGUGUCAAGAAAAUGUUAAGUGCAACCAAAGUUUUAACAUAUUCUUAG